UCUCUAUUGACAUUAGCGUUUCCUUUUCUUCAUAUUUCCGUCUUUGUGGGAAGGUUGCAAUUUUAUCUAUAAUCCUUAGUCUCUUACUUAGUCUCUUAAGUACCUUUAACUUGACCUUAACACCAAUUAUACCCCGAUAAUAUCUUCGUAUAGUCAGAAACAUGAAGACCUUCAGUACACUCAGCCGGCUGAGCUUAGUUGCCUCUGCAGCUUUAUCUCUGUUCGCUACCUCUUCACAAGCACAGGAUGCUAAUAGCACAUCAUCAAAUACGACCGCUGGCUCGGUCUUUAUCUCACCCCCGCGAGACCUCGCGUUCGCACUUAAUGUCCCUAGCGAUUCUACCACCGAUCUAUACUUCUCGUUGAUGUUUCCGGAGGGAACAAGUUGGGGAGCCGUUGGACUUGGAUCCGACCGCAUGGCUGGCUCAUUGAUUCUGCUGGCAUACCCAUCGGAAUCGGGGCAGAACGUCACAUUAUCACCACGAAUCGCUUCCGGUCACUCGGAACCCGUGUACACCCCCGAUAUCAAGGUUGAAGCAUUGGACGGCACCGGACUUAAUAACGGGACGUUUAUCUUCAAUGGGCGUUGUGGCAACUGCCGGUCGUGGUCAGAUGGGAAGGGAAAGAUCGAUAUUGCGAGCAAGUCGCAGAAUAUGAUAUACGCCACGGGCGACAGUAGCACCCUGAAGUCUGAUUCGUUCGACGCGCCGCUGAGGAUGCACUAUAACUACGGUACAUUCACGUUAAACAUGGCCCACGCUACGGGUCCGGCGGGUGUUCCGAUAAUUGACAGGUCGGAGGACAGCACACUGGUCGCUACGACUCAGGGGCUAUCGAAGGAAGGUAAAAAGGAUGUUGCGGCAUUGAUGCACGCGAUCAUCAUGGUUUUCGUGUUCGUUGGUUUAUAUCCCUUCGGCAUUUUUGUCCUACGCUUGGGAAGCUGGGUCCGUUGGCACGGUAUCAACCAGGGUUUCGCUUUCAUUCUCACUAUUGUCGGCUCGAGUCUUGGCUUCUCGAUCAGCAAGUACUACAAUAGGUCUAAGAAGGUCAAUACUGCUCACCAGGUUAUCGGCAUUCUCAUCUUCAUUUUCAUUUUCGCCCAGUUUGCUCUGGGCUUCCUGCACCACCGCAACUUCAAGAAGACACAGCAGACAACCAAGAUGGCCCCUAUUCAUGUAUGGAUGGGCCGCGUGAUCAUCGUUAUGGGUGUUGUUAACGCAUUCCUUGGCUUCCCUCUCGCUCAGGCAUCGCAAUACAACUACGUCCUCGCAGGACUCAUUCUUUUCCUCUUCCCGGCCAUGAUCCUCAUCCUCGUUACGAAGAAGUUCAUCCAAAAGAAGUGGAACAAGUCUAAGAACGAACCAACUGGUUACAAUAUGGAGCCGUGGAACCAACAAAAUGGCCAGGCAGGGCAAGGUAACGGUGCCGCGAAUCCGCAACAGCCCAUGGGGCAGAAUGCGAGCAUACCGGGCAUGAGCACGUAUGCGCCAUAUCAUGCACAGGGCAUGAAGGCAGAUCUCGGACCGCAGCAGAAUACUCGGGAAUACGUGUAAGGGGGUGGUAUGGCGAACUUAAGAGGUAAUUACCAAGGCUGUGACGGUAUAAAAUGCAUCAAUAGGCGUUUGGGUAUCGGAUCAUUCAUUUAUACUUGGGAGGGCAAGGGACGAGGUCGGGUCAAUUGGGCAACGGGGC